AUGGUUUCCGACUUCAGAAAGAAGAAACUGCUCCACGUCUUCACUUCCUUCUUUGACAGGAAUGGAAGUGGUUCAAUUGAUAAGAAAGACUUCGAACUGGCUGUCGAGAAUAUCUCUAAGCUGCGAGGCUGGAGCGCUGGUGAUGCCAAAUAUAAGGAAAUUCAGGCGUCUCUCAUGAAAAUAUGGGAUGCUCUGCAAGGAAGGGCUGAUGCUGACAAAGACGGCGAAAUAUCCGUUGACGAGUGGAUCGCAAUGUGGGAGGAGUACGCCAAGAACCCCGCUGCCCCUCUCGACUGGCAGAGCCAGUACUGCAAAUUCAUCUUCAACCUCGAAGACGCGAGUGGAGAUGGUGCCAUCGAUGGAGAGGAAUUCUCAUCUGUGUACGCUUCCUUCGGCCUGAACAAGGAUGAUGCACUAGCCGCUUUCAGGAAAAUGUCCAAGGGCAAAGCUAACGUAUCCUGGGGAGAGUUCCAGGAGCUGUGGAAGGAAUAUUUCACCACUGAGGACGUGAACGCCGCUGGCAACUUCAUCUUUGGGAAAUCCAAUUUUUAG